CCAGAGAAAGGCAAACACAAUUGUAACUUUUCACUUACUGCGUGCCAAGGCUCACGUCCGCAAGUCCCAACUUCUGCAACACACUCGACUCACACGCGAAUGGAGAUCGUGGCGAGCCGGUGCGUCAAUGUGUUGCUAGACUCGAAAUUAUGCCAGCCAGUUUGAAACACUGGGCCUGGCGCUCUGCGCACCGAGCGGCGCUGCAGCGUGGAUGCACGCAGCGUACCUGCUUGCGGGUCGUCAGCUUCCACGAGGCGCCGGGCGGGCCCGCGCGCAAGGCCGCGGGUGCCUCGCUGCGCAACAGCAACAGCAGCUCCAACGGCACCGGCCACGACCGGCGCGUCGCGGAGCCGCUCACGCUGGAGCGCAUUCCCUCCCUGUCCCCCGCCGCGCUGGCAGCGGCGCUGCUAGAGCACACCCAGCACAGGUCGCUGGAGAGCGCUUUCGGCGCCGGCAUUGGACCUGGAACUGGCGCCGCCGCCGCCGCUGACCCUGCUCUUCUGGCUGCCGCUGCUCGUCACGUUGUGGGCAGUGGCGGGGGGCUGGCGGCGUACGACGGCCCCGCACUAGUGGACCUGAUCGCCGCAUACAGUGCUGCUGCCGCUGCUGGCGGCCCGGACGCGGGCGGCCGCGGCGCCCACCGGGACUUCCUGGCGCUGUGCUGCGCCGAGCUCACCGGCAAGGUGGACUCGCUGGGCCCGGCCGACCUGACGCGGCUGGCCGGCGCCUGCGCGGCGGCGGGCCUGGCCGCCACCGAUAUGCUGGCGGCGGCCUGCAGCAGGGCUUCUGAGCUGCUGCCGCAGUACCCGCCCGGCGACCUGGUCUCGCUCCUGUCCUCUCUGUCCGCCCUGGGCCACCGCGCGCCCGCCCUGUUCGCCGACGCGGCCGACGUGACGGCGGCGGCGCUGCAGCUGCCGCCCGGCCACCCCGCCGCGCUGGGGCCGGAGCAGGCGGCGGCGGCGGUGUGGGCGCUGGCGGCAGAGGCGCUUUACUACAGGCCGCUGUUCGACGCCGCGGGCUCACUGCUGAUGGAUCGGCUGGGCGGACUGGACGGCAACACACUGGCGCGCAUCGCCUGGGCCUACGCCACGAUCCGUUCCGCGGACGAGGCCCACCGCGGCGUGUGGGACCGCGACCUGUUCGACGGCAUCGCCAGCACCUGCCUCAGCAGGGCGGGGCCCGCGCUGGCCUCCACCUUCCCCCCUCGCGCGCUGGUGACGCUGCUGUGGUCGUACGCCUCCAUCCCGCACUACGACCAGCCGCUGUUCGAGGCGGUCAGCACAGCGCUGGCGCCGCGGCUGGGCGCAGGCGAGGUGGCGCCGUCAGACCUGGUGGCGGUGGCGUGGUCGGUCAUGCGUGUGGGCCACCGCCACGCCGCGCUCAUGGCGGCACUGGGCCGCGCCGCGCUGGCAGCCGCGCAGCAGCAGGGCGGCAGUAGCAGCAGCAGCGGCGGCGGCGGCGCCCUGGACGGUGACGACCUGACAACCAUUGGGCUGGCCUUCCCCGCGGCACACGCCUACAACGAGCCCUUCUUCAAGUAUCUGGUGACGGAGGCGCAGGCGCGGCCGGGCUUCUUCGGACAGGUGGCGCUGCUGGACAUCAUCCGCCUCAUCAGCCGCGUGCAGGACCGCGACCCCGACUUCUACAAGCCGGCGCUGGAGGUGCUGCUGGAGAAGGUGCACGAGGCCUACCUGGACGCGCCGCUGGAGAAGAGCGGCUGCAUGAACCCGUUCAGGUUCGGGUGAGGCGCAGGCGCAGAGAGGAGGACUGGAGGACUGGAGGACUGGAGGACUGGACGAGGCAGCAGCAGCAGCAGCAGCAGCGAGGACAAGAGAGGCAGGAUCAGGCGAGGGGCCGCGUGGCCCCGCUCCACAGGACCGCAUGGGAGGGGAGGCGGACGAGGCUGCUGCGUCUAUGGCUUUGGCUGGUGACCGUAGCUUGAUCUCUAAGCACGGGGAGGGAGGGUGGGAGCGUGUGCAAAUGUCGGCCUGCCGCACUCGAGGCUGGCCACACAUGCUUGUGGGUCAAAUUUCAAGCUUUAAUACAGGAUAAGCAAGAAUUGUGGUUGUCACUGGCAGUGGGUGUGACAGUUGGUGUGGUUGCAGGGGCCACGGUCCUGAGUUGGCGCAAGGCACAGGAGCAAAACCCAGUAUUGCUCUUGCAUGCUGCCUUCGCAAGGUGUGCAGAAAGACAGAAUGUGGGCAUCAGGCAUUGGCAUCAUUCGCGCUCGCCGCUGGGCGGCUAUGCGCCCCUGCAAUAAGCAGCAUGCAAUUACGACUCCCGGAAUCCGAGUUAAUAAGCGGUCAUGGGCCUCCGGAGAAGCUACCCUGCUCCUUGCCCUGCGGGGGCCAGGGCAACGAAUGCGGUUCUGGCCUGCUGAUAGAAGUUCGGUACGGCACGUCCAUGGUACGUGUGUGACUACGUGAGGUCAGUGGGCGGCACGGCAGGGCGGCUGCUGGUCGCCUUGUCGGGAUGUCGGCAGGGCCGCAGUGGGCGUGCGAUGGGACAGUGUCAAGGCAGGUUGGUGAAGUCCCGUAGGGUGCAGGUGCUUCCCAGACCCCAGAAGAUGGCAAACAAUUUGCAACGGCAGGGCAGGAGUGCGCGGCUUGUCGAACGCCGGAGUUACUGGUUGCCUUGUCGGGAUGUCGGCAGGGCCGCAGGGGGCAGGGGGUACAGGUAGGCGGCAGCAGGGGGUUGGUCAGCGCGCAUGGCGAUCGACGUGGCGUGUGUAUUCGGCAAGCACAUGGGGAAAGGGGUUGCGGGCGUGUGUGCAUGAGCACGAGUACGUGCGCGCGUGUGUGUGUGUGGUGGAGGCUGCGGACUUGUACACUACCGUACCGUGCAUAAAUGCGCCGCAGCGGUCGUGAUGGAACAUGGCAAGGGGCAGGAAAGCGUAGUCCCGAUGUGUGUGGCUCCCACCCGUGCCCACAUAAAUGCGUAGCAAGAAGGGACAAGGCAUUGGUGCGUCGUUCGCGCGCUGUUACUGUACCGACGGUAGCUGGCAGGUUGUGUCGAUGUUUUGCUGACGCGCAUUCCUCACGCUCCGGGCGCCCGGCCAAGGCGAUAGCACCACACAGACUCAAUGCGACGCCACACCGCGCGGAUAGCAUAGCCGAUGCGCACCUGCAGGCAGUCGACCGGCGUCCACGGAUGAGCUGUGUAGACGAGCACUAGCGUAAUGCAACGGCGUGCAGCAAAACAAUGGCCGGGCGACAGUGUGACAAUGGCUGGUGUGUGGCGUUGCAUCUGGCCAGCAGCGCGUAGGCUGGACUGGAAGGCGCUCCGUGACCUGGCUUCUGGCAUGGUUGGCUGGGGGAAAGACAGGCAGGGGAAAGUCAGGCAGCUGACAAAGGAUGGAUUCUCGGUCUUGGCCGCUCGCACGGUGUAAUACGAUGUGGUA